CCCCCCCCCGCCCCUCGCUCGCUCCGCCGGGGAGGGGGUCGCCAUGGAUUGCACGAGCGGGGGCUGCGGGGGCGGCGGCGGCGGCGGCGGCGACCCCCGUCCGCUGGAGGAGAGCAAGCCGCUGCUGGGCGAAGCGCCCGAAGGGACCAAGAGCGGGGCCGCCCCGUGCCGGCGAGGCGUCCACUGCAGCGGCAUGAGGUACAAGCUGCUCCAGGAAGGGGACAUUCAGGUGUGCGUCGUGCGGCACCCGCGGACUUUCCUGAGCAAGAUCCUCACCUCCAAAUUCCUGCGUCGGUGGGAGCCGCAUCACCUGGCCCUCACCGACCACAGCCUGGCCUCCGCGACGCCAACUGGGUACAUGGAAAGCUCCAUUUCCUACAGUUCAAUUGAAGAUACUCAGUUGCUCUCUUGGGAAAACGCCCCAAAGUAUUGUUUACAGCUCACAAUUCCUGGAGGGACAGUCCUGCUGCAGGCUGCAAACAGUUACCUGAGAGACCAGUGGUUCCAUUCCUUGCAGUGGAAGAAAAAGAUCUACAAGUACAAGAAAGUGCUGAGUAAUCCAAGCCGCUUAGAGGUGGUCUUGAAAGAAAUCCGGACUUUGGUGGAUAUGGCAUUAACUUCCCCUUUGCAGGAUGAAUCCAUCCAUCAAGCCCCUUUAGAAAUAGUUUCCAAGUUGCUUUCGGAGGCGACCAAUUUAACUACUCAAGAGCAUGAAAAUAUUAUUGUGGCACUUGCUCCGUUGCUGGAAAACAACCACCCACCACCUGACUUGUGUGAAUUCUUCUGCAAGCAUUGCCGAGAACGCCCUCGAUCUAUGGUGGUCAUAGAAGUAUUCACUCCAGUGGUACAGAGGAUCCUAAAACAUAACAUGGAUUUUGGUAAAUGUCCUCGGUUGCGGCUCUUUACUCAGGAGUAUAUUCUGGCCUUGAAUGAACUGAAUGCAGGCAUGGAAGUGGUAAAGAAAUUUAUCCACAGUAUGCACGGCCCAACCGGCCAGUGUCCACAUCCCCGGGUCCUUCCGAAUCUCGUUGCCGUCUGUCUAGCAGCCAUUUAUUCUUGCUAUGAAGAAUUCAUCAACAGCCGGGACAAUUCUCCAAGCCUGAAGGAAAUUCGGAAUGGCUGCCAGCAGCCUUGCGACCGCAAGCCCAACCUGCCUCUUCGUCUUCUCCACACCAGCCCUGACCUGAUGUCCCGGGAGGCUACACUGGCUGAAUCCCGCCUCAAGUCAGUCAUUGUCACGUCCAAUGAGAUCCACGUUGAGGUGGAACGCAACAACAUGGCUAACCAGAAGAUGACCGCCAGCGUUGGCAACGACAGCGAGCCCAACCUGAUUGACUGUUUGAUGGUCAGCCCCACUUGCAGUAGCAUUAGCAUCGAACUCAGUGCUCAGGCGGACCGUAUCCUCGGCUGCUAUGUGGAAAUACUCAAGAUGCUGUCAGAUUACGAAGAUUGGAGACCGGCUCUGGCCAGUUUGCUCCAGCCCAUCCCAUUCCCCAAAGAAGCUCUGGCACACGAGAAGUUCACAAAGGAGCUGAAGUACGUCAUUCAAAGAUUUGCAGAAGACCCAAGACAAGAAGUCCAUUCCUGUUUGCUGAGCGUGCGGGCCGGCAAGGACGGCUGGUUCCAGCUCUACAGCCCCGGUGGCGUGGCAUGUGAUGAUGAUGGGGAACUGUUUGCCAGUAUGGUCCACAUUUUAAUGGGCUCCUGCUACAAGACAAAAAAGUUUCUGCUUUCAUUGGCUGAGAACAAACUGGGGCCUUGCAUGUUGCUGGCACUGAGAGGCAAUCAAACCAUGGUGGAGAUCCUGUGCUUGAUGCUGGAGUACAACAUCAUUGAGAACAAGGACACACAGCUUCAGAUCAUCUCAACCCUUGAGAGCACUGAUGUGGGGAAGAAAAUGUACGAGCAGCUUUGUGACCGGCAGAGGGAACUCAAAGAGCUGCAAAGGAAAGGAGGCCCCACCAGGCUAACACUGCCAUCAAAAUCCACGGAUGCGGACUUGGCUCGUCUCUUAAGCUCGGGCUCUUUUGGAAAUCUGGAGAACCUCAGCCUGGCCUUUACCAACGUCACAAGUGCCUGUGCAGAGCAUCUAAUUAAACUGCCUUCACUCAAGCAGCUGAACCUGUGGUCCACUCAGUUUGGGGAUGCAGGUUUACGGCUCCUCUCUGAACACCUCACAAUGCUUCAAGUGCUCAACUUGUGUGAAACGCCCGUUACCGAUGCUGGCUUGCUGGCCCUGAGCUCCAUGAAAAGCCUCUGUAGUUUAAACAUGAACAGCACCAAGCUCUCAGCAGAUACCUACGAAGACCUCAAGGCUAAAUUGCCCAAUUUGAAGGAAGUGGACGUCCGCUAUACUGAAGCUUGGUGAAGAAAAAAAAAAUCCCCCGUGGCGCAUUUGUAGAAAUUUUUUUUUCUUUUUGACAGGGAGAGAAGAGAAUGAUUUCUAAACCAUAAAAAAAAAAAGCAGAGAACUUAGACUUUUGGCAUUUGCCUCUAGAGAGCAGGUUUCUGAGGACAUCCAUAUUUUUAGGUGCUCCGUGUGUGAAAUAGUGAAGUAUGAUAUAUUUUUUUUUUCCUUUUUCCGGGUGGAAAUUCACACACCAGACCUAAUUCUUUCAGCUUCGUACUCUCGAAUUCAACAUUGUUUAAAUUAAGGGGCAGAAGUGAAGAAGGCAAGACUGAAUAGCCGGAAUAAGAUUUUGGGGUGGGGCGGUUUAGGGGAACGGGGAGGGUCAUCUCUCGGUUCUGGUUUGCUCUCUCUUUUUUUUUUGUACUUUUUUAAAAUUGUGUGUCAAUAUUUUUUUUUUUGUACACAAGAACAUGCACCGUGUUUUUUUUUCCGGUUUUCUUUUAACCUUGGCCUUUUCUGUAGAUGCUUUCCCAUAUCUUUUGUUCUUCAGCGAGAAAUAGAAAGGAAAAACGAAAAAGAAGAAGAACAUAGGCGGAAAAUCAAGAGAAGAAACAUUAGCAACAGCUCAUCCAAUUUCUUUCCUCCCCUUGUUUGUUCGUUCGUUUGGUCCUUUCAAUCCUUAUGCAAAGUGAUGUUCUUUGUAAAUACAAUUUACAUAAUACGCCUAUUUAAAAGAAAAAAGAAAAAAGGAAGAAAGUUCAGAAAGAACAGGUCUGGGACCUGUCUUUUAUUUAUGACUUGUUAAUUCAUUGUUUGUUUCAUUAUUUUUGUUUUGUUUCGCGAAGAGUACGGUGUAAACAACUUUGGCGUCUUUUGGUUGUUGUUGUUGCGCUUAAAAAGGCAGACCAAAAGAGAAUUGCCCCUCCUGUAUUCUGUAUUAUAUACAUCCUUGGUCCAGCCCAUCUUAACUUUUUUUUUUGUUGUUUAUAUAUGCCUCGAGUUCUUUCGACCAGGGGAAAAGAAUAUACUUGCAUAGAUGUGCAUAUAUCUGUGUGUGUAUGUGUAUAGACAACACACACACACACACACACACAUAUGCAUAUACACACAUAUAAGAGAACACUGGGUGGGCUGUUGGGAAUAAAUUUUUGAAUUCCUAAAGCCGCAUUUUCAGAUUAUGCUAGAUGUAGGAAUUAGGACGGGUAAUUAUACCACUUCUGUUUAUAUAUAUAUGAUUGUUUCUAAGGGUAGGGAAAAUGCUUAGGUUUUUACCUGGGAGUGAAGAUUGAGCGGUCAAUCGUUUGAGUUAGGAUUUGCCAAGGUUUGGUUUCUGUUUUAUGUCCAAAAUUUCAAGGGCAAAUUUCACCUUUCCGUGCAUCCCCUUUUAGGGAGGUGUUUUCCACUGGUUCUCUCCUCAACUAUUGGCUCGUGUUUCAUGGAAACGCUCCUGCCAUAUUGGUCUACAGCUGGCCAUCAGCCCCGUAGAAAAUUCUAGAAGCUGCUAGGCCUAUUGGGCUACAGGGAGAGGAAGGUUAGUUCAGAAUCAAUGUGGCCUUUUAACAUCCAGAGAUGGGCACUGAAUUGUCUUUCCUGUGUUCAGUUUCUCAGAGCCUCUGGUGAUUUCGCGAUGAAGGCACCGGGCUAGAGAUCAGGAGAUGGUGAAUAGAAUAGAAUAAUAGAGUUGGAAGGGACCUUGGAGGUCUUCUAGUCCAACCCCCUGCCUAGGCAGGAAACCCUACACCACUUCAGACGAAUGGUUAUCCAAUAUCUUUUAAAAAACUUCCAGUGUUGGAGCAUUCACGACUUCUGGAGACAAGUUGUUCCACUGAUUAAUUGUUCUAACGGUCAGGAAAUGUCUCCUUAGUUCUAGUUCCAUCUCAGAUAUGAGAGCCAGCUGGGCGAUUUUGGGCUAGACCUUUUCUCUCAGCUCAGCCUACCUCCCAGGGUUGUUAUUUUUGGAGAAAAAAGAGGAGGAAGGAGUAUUAAGUACGUUCGCCGGAUUAAGACGGGAUAAAAAUCUAAUGAAUAAAUAAAUAAAUCCCCCUGAAAGUAUGACCACUAUCUUAACUUUUCUUCAUCCUCCUAUGCGAUUAUUCAGAUACGUGAUAAAAGUUUUUUUUUUUAAGUGUUUUCUUUUAAAAAUACGCUUUUGGUUUUAUUUUAUUUUUCCAUGCUAGGCUUUCUUUCAAUGAAACAGUCGCUUCAAUCCUUGGGUUGUUGUUUUUUUAAAUAAUAAUAAUAAGGCAAAGGUUUUGUCUUAUGUUCCUUUUCAAAGUUAAUGCAGGUAAAUAUAAAUAUUCAGUUCUUUUGGCGAUGUAAGAGAUUUUAAAAAACCAGGUAUGCUUAUAAACACACACACAGGUGCGCAUAAAUAAAUAAAUAAAUAAAAAUCUUUGGUUUUUUUUCCUCUUGAAUGUGGUUGGAUCAUUCCACAUUUCAAAUCCCUUGUAUUUCUGAACUCUCUGUUUUUAUAACCAUAUCAACAACAACAAAAAACCCACCAUUGGUUCGAGUCUUAAUUCGUAUGUUGUGCCACAAAUGUUUCAGGGUGAUGUUCAUUGUUUGAAUUUUUUGGCCGGGGGGGGGGGGGGGGGGGAAUGGGACGACAGGUGUGUUUAGUCAAGAUUGUGCCCCCCUCACUUUUUGUAUGGGUCCCAGGCACCUAAAAUAAAAAAAAGCUUGAGUGGUUCAAUUGUGCAGCCAUCUUGAUUUCUUUUCUUCUUUUUUAACACAGACACAACCCCACAAAUGCUCCUGUUUCUGCCUUAUACCCCUUAAUCCUGUUCGAUAAAACUCAGUGAGGGGAAGAAAGAGACAAAAAAAAAACCAACAACUAAUGCCAACAUUUUAUCCUUAGCUGCUUUUACUGAUGGAUUGCUACUACUGUUCUGUAGCCAUGUUUAAAAGAGAAAAU